ACAGCGUUACUUGAGAUUUAUAUUUUCUUUUGCUUUCUCAGAUUUGAGUCUCAAAACGAACAUCAACACCCACUCUUUUGUUUUACCUCCUUUCCUCUUUCUCCCUGGUUUAGCUUAUCUGUUUCUCUAUAUGAAUUCCUCUGACUUUGAUAGAUUUAAUACAAUGGCAGUUUAUUAGUAACUUUCCCUGUUUGAUUUUGAUCAUUUCCGCCGGGCUUUUUGAAGUUUUCUUUUAUUGGUUAUGAGGUGUAAGUGAGUACUAAUGGAAAGUAAGCUUCAACUCCCUCAGUCUGUUCGUUUAAACCGUAGAGGAGACCGUAAUAAUCAACGCCCUUUUGCUAAAGAUGAUGAAAGUGGCUUGUUUUCUUCAAUGAGGUUGCCACAAGAUAAUCCAACCAAGAUUGUGUGGAAGCAGGGGUUUAUUCGAUUGGUUCUUGUAGCAGGCAUUCUAUGGAUGCUACUUAUUCUUAUUGUAUUGCUAUUUCAUGUUUGGUCAUGCCAAUCUUCAAUUUCUUUCUUGUCAGCUAUGUGUAACAAAGAGGGCAAGGUGUUCAUCGCAAUGGACUUGCUUGGAUUGGCUCCAAAACCAGAACAUCGUUGUCCAAUUCCAGUAGCUGAUGACCCUGACAAAAUAGUUAUUCCAAAGGGAAGAACACCUGAUGCAAUUGUUAAAAAUCUAACCUAUAUUGAGGAGGAGGAUUUGGUUAACAAUGGAUCUCAAUCCUUCGCAGUAUUCGGAGGUAACCAAAGCUGGCUGCAAAGAGAAGAGAAUUUUAAUUUGAAGCCAAGUAUGAAGGUGCACUGUGGAUUUCUGAAAAAUGGAGGUGCUGACCUGAAUCCCGUGGAUAUCGAAUAUGUCAAGAGAUGUAGGUUUUUGGUUGCAUCUGGGAUUUUUGAUGGAUAUGAUGUACCUCAUCAACCAUCAAAUAUAAGUAUUCGUUCUAAGAAGCUCUUCUGUUUUCUGAUGGUUGUUGAUGAAGUAUCUCUCAAAUUUAUUAAAGAAAAUGUGACCGUCAGGAAGGAUAAAGAUAAGGGGAUGUGGGUAGGCUUAUGGCGUCUUAUCCCAUUGAAGCAUCAACCUUAUGAUGAGCCCAGAAGGAAUGGGAAGGUUCCCAAGAUUUUAACCCACAGGUUAUUCCCUCAAGCACAGUACAGCAUUUGGAUUGAUGGUAAAAUGGAGCUGAUAGUUGAUCCACUGCUUAUUCUUGAAAGAUACUUAUGGCGUGAUAAGCAUACUUAUGCUAUUGCUCAGCAUAAACAUCAUAGGAGUAUAUAUGAGGAGGCUGAUGCAAACAAGCGGAGGAAGCGAUAUGCCAGACCUCUUAUCGAUCUGCAUAUGAAGAUAUAUUACUCUGAGGGCAUGGAGCCAUGGAGCUUGAAGAAAAAUACGAUUAGCGAUGUGCCAGAGGGAGCCAUAAUUAUAAGGGAACAUACAGCACUGAAUAAUUUGUUUAACUGCUUGUGGUUCAAUGAGGUCAAUCUCUUCACACCAAGAGACCAACUGAGCUUUGGCUAUGUUGUAUACAGGUUAAAGGGGUUGUUUAAGUUCUUUAUGUUUCGAAAUUGCGAGUACUAUUCACUUUUUAUCCUGCACCCACAUACUCGGGAACAUUCUUCUAAGGUAGAGUGGGUGAAAAGCUUGAGUGAGUUCAAGGGUAGCGGUAGUAGCAUGAAAGAAAGUAGAGGUGGGUUUGGCUUGUGGACUCCCUAUCCCAAGAACCUUGAUUCAGUUACCCUGCCACAAGUGGUAAGAACAUCAAAAGCUGGCUGAUGUUUAUCAUAAGUAAUCUCAAUCGUCUUUUGAACCCGAAACAGUUAUUCUGUGAUUUCUUUUAUGGAUCCAUCCCUGCUUUGUUAAGCAGGGAUGCCCUUGUAAACUUGUGUACAUUAGAUGGAAAAGAAGGUAAGUUGUUUCCUAA